ACGUGUCGGAGGGCCGCAGCGUGGCGGCGGCCGUGUCUGUAGCGACGGCAGGCCGUAGGGCAGUCCGAAGGUUUCCGGUUCCGGUGUAACGUUCGGGCUCCGUCUCAGGGGCUGAAGUUUGUGAGGUGUAGUGUUGAGUCCUCUUUGAGUUGUCAUUCUCCUUUCCUGGGAAAAUGGCACUGUCUAAGAGGGAGCUGGAUGAGCUGAAACCAUGGAUAGAGAAGACAGUGAAGAGGGUACUGGGUUUCUCAGAGCCCACAGUGGUCACAGCAGCGUUGAACUGUGUGGGGAAGGGCAUGGACAAGAAAAAGGCAGCUGACCAUUUGAAACCUUUUCUUGAUGACUCUACACUCCGAUUCGUGGAUAAACUGUUUGAAGCUGUAGAGGAAGGCCGAAGCUCCAGGCACUCCAAGUCUAGCAGUGACAGGAGCAGAAAACGAGAGCUAAAGGAGUUCCAGGAAGCGCUCGCCCCUGGCCGAGGAUAUGUCCUUGCAAAACACGAGCCCUCCUAGUGAAGAGGGGAUGUCACCCAAAGCCUACCACCGGAGGUGUUCGGUGAUGACUCUGAAAUUUCCAAGGAAUCAUCAGGAGUAAAGAAACGACGAAUACCCCGUUUUGAGGAGGUAGAAGAAGAGCCAGAGGUGAUCCCUGGGCCUCCAUCUGAGAGCCCUGGCAUGCUGACUAAGCUCCAGAUUAAACAGAUGAUGGAGGCAGCAACACGACAAAUUGAAGAAAGGAAAAAACAGCUGAGCUUCAUUAGCCCACCUGCAGCUCAGCCAAAGACACCUUCUUCAUCACAGCCAGAGCGACUUCCAAUAGGCAACACUAUUCAGCCUUCCCAGGCUGCCACUUUCAUGAAUGAUGCCAUUGAGAAGGCAAGGAAAGCAGCUGAACUACAAGCCCGAAUUCAGGCCCAACUGGCACUGAAGCCAGGCCUCAUUGGCAAUGCCAACAUGGUGGGCCUAGCUAAUCUCCAUGCAAUGGGCAUUGCUCCCCCGAAAGUGGAGUUAAAAGAUCAAACGAAACCUACACCACUGAUCCUAGAUGAGCAAGGGCGCACUGUAGAUGCGACAGGCAAGGAGGUGGAGCUGACACAUCGCAUGCCUACGCUGAAAGCCAACAUCCGUGCUGUGAAAAGGGAGCAGUUCAAGCAACAGCUCAAAGAAAAACCAUCGGAAGACAUGGAAUCUAAUACUUUUUUUGAUCCCCGUGUCUCAAUUGCUCCUUCACAGCGCCAGAGACGCACUUUUAAAUUUCAUGACAAGGGUAAAUUUGAGAAGAUUGCUCAACGAUUACGGACAAAGGCUCAAUUGGAGAAGCUGCAGGCAGAGAUUUCACAGGCUGCUCGAAAAACAGGCAUUCAUGCUUCAACUAGGCUUGCUCUCAUUGCUCCAAAGAAAGAGCUAAAGGAAGGAGACAUCCCAGAAAUUGAGUGGUGGGACUCUUACAUCAUACCUAAUGGCUUUGACCUUACAGAGGAAAAUCCCAAAAGAGAAGAUUAUUUUGGAAUUACGAAUCUUGUUGAACAUCCAGCCCAGCUCAAUCCUCCAGUUGACAAUGACACACCAGUUACUCUGGGGGUUUAUCUUACCAAGAAGGAACAGAAGAAGCUUCGGAGACAGACACGGAGGGAAGCACAGAAGGAACUACAAGAAAAAGUCAGGCUAGGCCUGAUGCCUCCCCCAGAACCCAAAGUGAGAAUUUCCAAUUUGAUGCGAGUAUUAGGAACAGAAGCUGUUCAAGACCCCACGAAGGUAGAAGCCCAUGUCAGAGCUCAGAUGGCCAAAAGACAGAAAGCUCAUGAAGAGGCCAACGCUGCCAGAAAACUUACAGCAGAACAGAGAAAGGUCAAGAAAAUUAAAAAGCUUAAAGAAGACAUUUCACAGGGGGUACACAUUUCUGUAUAUAGAGUUCGAAAUUUGAGCAACCCAGCCAAGAAGUUCAAGAUUGAGGCCAAUGCUGGGCAGCUGUACCUGACAGGGGUGGUGGUACUGCACAAGGAUGUCAACGUGGUAGUAGUGGAAGGGGGCCCCAAGGCCCAGAAGAAAUUUAAGCGUCUUAUGCUGCAUCGGAUAAAGUGGGACGAACAGACAUCUAACACGAAGGGAGAUGAUGAUGAGGAAUCUGAUGAGGAAGCUGUGAAGAAAACUAACAAAUGUGUACUAGUCUGGGAGGGUACAGCCAAAGACCGGAGCUUUGGAGAGAUGAAGUUUAAACAGUGCCCUACAGAGAACAUGGCUCGUGAGCAUUUCAAAAAGCAUGGGGCCGAGCACUACUGGGACCUUGCACUGAGCGAAUCUGUGUUGGAGUCCGCUGACUGAGACCGCUGCAGGCCCUGGCCUCCCCCUUGCCUUUCUUCAGUCCUCUCCCUGUUCUUCAUGACCCACUUCAACUUGGCUGUGUGAUCACAGACCUGUGCCAAGCAGGUCUGGGGCAAAGGGAGAUACCUUUGCUCCCCCCCCAGUCAGCUUGGUACUUUCCUUUAUUCCCUUAUGUGCAUAUGAUUAAAGAGUUAUUUUUAAGAUUGGUAUCAUAUUUUUUACAUGUUCAUA